GGACGUAGAAAUUAGGAGUAGGUUCUACUUGAAAAGUAUAAAAGCCGGACAACAUCAGCAGAUAACCAUCAUUCGUUAAGAAUUGAACGAAACGAAAUUCAACUAUGUCUCGUGCAGCUAUCCUUCUUCUGUUCGUCGUAGCAAUUGCUUACACCAGUGCACAUCCUCCACAGAGCGAGGAUUCUUACAAGUGUGGUCCUAACGAAGUAUUUAACGAAUGUGGUUCACCUUGCCAGGACACCUGUGACAGACCAGCCUCCCUUAUUUGCAGUUUGGAAUGUAAAAUUGGUUGUCAGUGCAAACCAGGAUACGUGAAGAAUAAAGAGAACAGGUGCGUCCUUACUCGUGACUGCUGAGAGAACUCAGGACAUAAGAUCGACGAUCAAGAUUUAGAUUAAAUUCAGACGUAUCCAACAGUUAUGCACGAUAGACAACUUCCUGCGCACCGGUGUAACUUGGAUUUUUAUUUAGUGUUACACGCUAAAUGACUGUGACUAAUACAGCUUCAUUUUGUUAAGCUUAGUCACUUGAAUGUUGAUAUAAAUACUUGUACAAAUUUGAUAAUAUAUAAUUGUGAAAAUAAAUUAUGACCGAUUAACAUAUUA